AAAAUUUGAGAAACCCAAAGUCACAAAUUUAGCUUUUUUGUUUUUUGGUUUUUUUGUUUCUUUCAAUUCCGCGUUGUAGUAGAAGAAGAACAUUGUUGUUGGGUUUGUGAUUUCGAUCGAUUCUAGAAAAGAAAAAGAAAAAAUCUCAGAUUUUGAAGUGAACAAAACUUUACUCUCUUCUUGGUUUCCAUUUGCUAUCUGGGUUUGCUUCAUUUCAGUGAUUCGUCAACUUCAAUCUUCAAGUUCCAAGGUGAUUUGAAGAUUGUAAAGGAAGCACCUUUUUGUGAAGAGGGUAAGUGGGUUUUAUUGAGUUUGGGGUUGUGAUGAUGGCAAAUCUUUGGAAGAAGCAGAAAUUGAAAGAUACGGGUUUAUGUCGUUUAGGGAUUCUAUUUGCAAUUACAGUCUCGAUAGUUUUGAUGUUGGUGUCUGUACCAAGAACAGCUUUGAAUAGGACUACUAUUAACCAGGAUGAUUUGGAUGAAUUGGACAAAGAUUUGGAAGUUAAGCUUAAUGCUUCAUUGCUAAGAGUAGCUAGAGGUAAUGGAAUGUCUCUUAGGUUGCAUAGAAGGAACCAUUUUUCGCCGAGGAAUCUUGAUUUGUAUCCGAAUUUGGCGAAAGACCAUGUGGUUAUUGUCUUGUAUGUGCACAAUCGGGCUCAGUAUUUUCGAGUAACCGUGGAAAGUUUGUCGAAAGUUAAAGGAAUCAGUGAGACAUUGUUGAUUGUUAGCCAUGAUGGUUACUUUGAAGAGAUGAACAAGAUUGUGGAUGGUAUUAAGUUCUGUCAGGUGAAACAGAUAUUUUCGCCGUAUUCGCCUCAUAUAUUCCGAACUAGUUUCCCUGGGGUGACCACGAGUGACUGUAAGAACAAGGGUGAUGAGGCAAAGACACAUUGUAUAGGGAAUCCGGAUCAGUAUGGGCAUCACCGGUCUCCAAAGAUUGUAUCUUUGAAGCAUCACUGGUGGUGGAUGAUGAACACUGUAUGGGAUGGGUUGGAGGAGACUAAAAGACAUGAGGGUCAUAUGCUUUUCAUCGAGGAAGAUCAUUUUCUUUUUCCUAACGCCUAUCGUAAUAUACAAACUCUCACGAGGCUGAAACCUGCGAAAUGUCCUGACUGCUUUGCUGCUAAUUUAGCACCGUCUGAUGUGAAGUCAAGAGGAGAAGCGCGUGAAAGUUUGGUUGCGGAGAGAAUGGGUAAUGUCGGGUAUUCUUUUAAUAGAAGUGUGUGGGAGAAUAUUCACCAGAAGGCAAGAGAGUUUUGUUUCUUUGAUGAUUACAAUUGGGAUAUAACGAUGUGGGCAACUGUUUUCCCCUCAUUUGGCUCCCCUGUUUACACAUUACGAGGGCCUAGAACGAGUGCUGUCCACUUUGGAAAAUGUGGUUUGCAUCAAGGUAAAGGAGAUGACGGUGAUUGCAUCGAUAAUGGGGUGGUAAACAUCGAAGUUAAGGAAACAGAUAAAGUUGUAAACAUAAAAGAAGAAUGGGGAGUUCGAGUGUACAAGCAUCAAGCGGGUUACAAAGCUGGUUUCAAAGGUUGGGGAGGUUGGGGCGAUGAAAGGGACCGAAGUUUAUGUUUGGAUUUUGCCACUAUGUAUCGUUCCAGCAGUAGCAGUGCAUCUCCAUGAACUGCUUUAGAGAUUUCCAAGUAAAUUUGGUAAUAUAGUUAGUCACUUUUUGAGGGAUCUCUUUCUUGUUAUGUGCUUUGUAGCUCGAUUUGCCUCGGGUUUUCGUGUUGUAUUUUCGAUUGUUUUGUUUUGUUUGUAUCAUCUAAAGUAUUUCACUUUCUAUACACACUUCUACCGCAUGUGUUCACUUAUUGCAAAUAGCUUCAAAGAAAUUGAAUCUUGAGGCAUUACAGGUUAUCUUUGUGACA